AUGAGCAAAGAAAAGAAAAAAAGCAAAGAUAAAAAUGGGAUGAAGGAAAAGAAAGGAAUGAAGAAAAAAAAAGGAACUAAGAAAAAAAAAGAACAAAGAAAAAAAAAAGGAACAAAGAAAAAGAAAAGAAACAAAGGAAAAGAAAAGGAACAAAGGAAAAGAAAGGAACAAAGGAAAAAAAAAGGAAUGAAGGAGAAAAAAGGAGCAAAGAAAAAGAAAAGAAACAAAGAAAAAGAAAAUGAACAAAGAAAGGAACAAAAGAGAAAAAAAGACAAAGAAAAAAAAAAGAACAAAGAAAAGAAAAAGAAUGAAGAAAAAGGAAUGAAAAAAAAGAAAAGGAACAAAAGAAAAGGAAUGAAGAAAAGAAAAGAAAAGGAAUGA